UUAUAGAAAUUCUUAUUUUCUUUUUAAAAUAAAGCUUUUGUCAUAUCCCCAGCUCAACUAUAUAUAUGAAUACAACCAAAUCCUUAUUCCUUAUUACACAACCGUUUCUUUCCCCAAACUAAGAAAAAUUAGAACCCUUCGCUCUUAGUUUUUUCUUCUUCUUCUUUUCAUUUCCCAUCAACAUUUUAUUCAUACCCCAAAAGUUUGAAUACCCAGAAUUUAGUUUGCAUUAUUAUUAUUAUUAUUAUUAUUAUUUCUUAUUGAGGUAGAAAUAAGAAAUAAAUAAUAAUAAUAAUAGUAUAUAUAUAAUUAUAAAUAUUAAUGGGGCUUAAAGAUAUUGGAGCCUCACUUCCGCCAGGGUUUAGAUUUUAUCCAAGUGAUGAAGAAUUGGUUUGUCAUUAUCUUUACAAAAAGAUUAUGAAUGAACAAGUUCUUAAGGGCACUCUUGUGGAGAUUGAUUUGCAUACAUGUGAGCCAUGGCAGCUUCCUGAGGUGGCGAAGCUGAAUAGCAACGAGUGGUAUUUCUUCAGCUUCAGAGAUCGAAAAUAUGCGACAGGAUUUCGGACCAAUCGUGCAACGACAUGUGGAUAUUGGAAAGCGACGGGGAAGGAUCGGACGGUGGUGGAUCCAUCGACAGGGGAUAUCGUGGGAAUGAGAAAAACUUUGGUGUUUUAUAAAAAUAGAGCUCCAAAUGGAAUCAAAACUGGAUGGAUUAUGCAUGAAUUUCGCCUCGAGGCCCCUCAUAGGCCCCCAAAGGAGGAUUGGGUUUUAUGUAGAGUGUUUCAGAAGGGGAAGCAAGAAGAGUACAACACCAAACUGAUUAACCAACAUUUUACGUUUGGAAACUUCGAGCGCGUUCCAUCCGUCUUCGUCCGAGCUCCAUCUCCCCUUCCAAGUGACCCGAGCCAGACCACGACCAUGCCUUCCGGCUACAAUGUUGAUAUCGAUAUUACAUCAUUAUCGCCUUCAAUGGCUCCCCAUAGCCACACAGGCAGUUGUUCUUUUCUCCAUCUCCUUCAACUUCCUCGAGACAAAGAUGACAAUAAUAGUAAUAAUAAUAAUAAUAAUAAUAAUAACAAUAAUAAUAAUCCUAAAACUGAUCAAAUUUUCUGCCCCAAAAAUAAUGACUCUGAUUAUGGGGUUUUGUGGGACAUGGAUUUGGAAGAGCAUACCUUUCAAGAUGGCGUCGGAUCGAACUUGGAUCAAAUGGCAUUCGACGACGUGGAUAGCAGCUUGGUUUUUCUCUAAAAGUUUGUGUUUACUCUGCUAAGCAGAUGACAGUAUCUGCUACAUUGCACAUUCAAUAUAGGUUUGUUUGUUGAUAUAUAGUUUUUAUAUAUAAUUGUAUGAUAUAUUUGCAUUUAGGAGAGUUAUUGGGACCUUUUGUUGUGUGUUUUCAACAACAUACUUAGAUUUCAUUUUUUUCUUCUUUUUCUUCUUUGGUCUUGUAUAGAAAAUUAGUCAAAUCUGUAAUAAUGAUAUUAGUUUAGGUUCAUAUUGUUUGUGGAUGUAAUAAAUUUGUGAUUUUUGAUA